GUGCUGGUCACCAUGACAACAGAGACAGGCCCCGAUUCUGAGGUGAAGAAGGCUCAAGAGGAGGCCCCGCAGCAGCCUGAGGCCGCUGCUGCUGCAACUACCCCUGUGACCCCCGCAGGCCACGGCCACCCAGAGGCCAACUCCAAUGAAAAGCCUUCGCCCCAGCAGGACGCUCGGCCUGCGGAACAGAACCUAGACAUGGAGGAGAAGGACUACAGUGAGGCCGAUGGCCUGUCAGAGAGGACCACGCCCAGCAAGGCCCAGAAAUCACCCCAGAAGAUUGCCAAGAAGUAUAAGAGCGCCACGUGCCGAGUCACUCUACUUGAUGCCUCUGAUUAUGAGUGUGAGGUCGAGAAACAUGGCCGGGGCCAGGUGCUGUUCGACCUGGUCUGUGAGCACCUCAACCUCCUGGAGAAGGACUACUUUGGCCUGACCUUCUGUGAUGCUGACAGCCAGAAGAACUGGCUGGACCCCUCCAAGGAAAUCAAGAAGCAGAUCCGGAGCAGCCCCUGGAAUUUUGCCUUCACCGUCAAGUUCUAUCCCCCUGACCCUGCACAGCUGACAGAAGACAUCACAAGGUACUACCUGUGUCUGCAGCUGCGGGCAGACAUCAUCACCGGCCGGCUGCCUUGCUCCUUUGUCACACAUGCGUUGCUGGGCUCCUAUGCUGUGCAGGCUGAACUGGGUGACUAUGAUGCUGAGGAGCAUGUGGGCAACUAUGUCAGUGAGCUACGCUUUGCCCCUAACCAGACCCGGGAGCUGGAGGAGAGAAUCAUGGAACUGCACAAGACCUACAGGGGCAUGACCCCGGGAGAAGCAGAAAUUCACUUUCUGGAGAACGCCAAGAAGCUGUCCAUGUAUGGGGUAGAUCUGCACCAUGCCAAGGACUCUGAGGGCAUCGACAUCAUGUUAGGAGUCUGUGCUAACGGCCUUCUCAUCUACCGGGACCGGCUGAGAAUCAACCGCUUUGCCUGGCCCAAGAUUCUCAAGAUCUCAUACAAAAGGAGUAACUUCUAUAUCAAGAUCCGACCUGGGGAGUACGAGCAAUUUGAGAGCACGAUUGGUUUUAAGCUCCCAAACCACCGGUCAGCCAAGAGACUGUGGAAGGUGUGCAUCGAGCACCACACGUUCUUCCGGCUGGUGUCUCCUGAGCCCCCACCCAAAGGAUUCCUGGUGAUGGGCUCCAAGUUCCGGUAUAGUGGGAGGACCCAGGCCCAGACCCGCCAGGCAAGCGCCCUCAUCGACCGGCCAGCACCCUUCUUUGAGCGUUCUUCCAGCAAGCGGUACACCAUGUCCCGCAGCCUCGACGGAGCGGAGUUCUCGCGUCCAGCCUCGGUCAGUGAGAACCACGACAUGGGGCCUGAUGGCAACAAGCGGGAGGAGGAUGGCGAGUCCGGAGGGCGACGGUCGGAGACUGAGGAGGGAGAGGUCAGGACCCCCACCAAGAUCAAAGAGCUGAAGCCGGAGCAGGAAACCACGCCAAGACACAAGCAGGAGUUCCUCGACAAGCCGGAGGAUGUGCUGCUGAAGCAUCAGGCCAGCAUCAAUGAGCUCAAGAGGACGCUGAAGGAGCCCAACAGCAAGCUGAUCCAUCGGGACCGGGACUGGGAGCGCGAGCGCAGGCUGCCUUCCUCGCCUGCCUCUCCCUCCCCCAAGGGCACCCCUGAGAAAGCCAAUGAGAGAGCUGGGCUGAGGGAGGGCUCAGAGGACAAAGUCAAGCCGCCGCAUCCUCGGGCCCCCGAGAGUGACACAGGCGAUGAGGACCAGGACCAGGAGCGGGACGCAGUGUUUGUGAAGGACAACCACCUGGCCAUUGAGCGCAAGUGCUCCAGCAUCACAGUCAGCUCCACGUCCAGCUUGGAAGCGGAGGUGGACUUCACGGUGAUCGGCGACUACCACAGCAGCGCCUUCGAGGACUUCUCUCGCAGCCUGCCCGAGCUCGACCGGGACAAAAGCGACUCAGACACCGAGGGCUUGGUGUUCGCCCGGGACCUCAAGGGGGCCCCCAGCCAGGAUGAGGAGUCCGGGGACAUCGAGGACAGCCCAGAUCGUGGGGCCUGUUCCACCCCGGAUAUGCCCCAGUUUGAGCCCGUGAAGACAGAGACCAUGACGGUUAGCAGCCUGGCCAUUAGGAAGAAGAUCGAGCCGGAAGUCGUGCUGCAGAGCAGAAUCUCCACUGCAGACAGCACCCAGGUCGAUGGGAGUGCCCUGAUGGGGAAGGAGCUCAUCAGCACCACUCCCUCCAUCACCACAGAGACCAUAUCCACCACCAUGGAGAACAGUCUCAAGUCCGGGAAGGGGGCAGCUGCCAUGAUCCCAGGCCCACAGACGGUGGCCACGGAAAUCCGUUCUCUUUCUCCGAUCAUCGGGAAAGAUGUCCUCACCAGCACCUACGGCGCCACUGCGGAAACCCUCUCCACCUCCACCACCACCCAUGUUACCAAAACUGUGAAGGGAGGGUUUUCUGAGACGAGGAUCGAGAAGCGAAUCAUCAUUACAGGGGACGAAGAUGUGGAUCAAGACCAGGCCCUGGCGCUGGCCAUCAAGGAGGCCAAACUGCAGCAUCCCGACAUGCUGGUGACCAAAGCUGUGGUGUACAGAGAAACAGACCCGUCCCCAGAGGAAAGGGACAAGAAGCCACAGGAAUCCUGACCUCCGUGAGGAGAUGCUGGCAUUCCCAGUCCAAGCCAAGCCAGAGAACCGUUAAGAAGGGGCCUUCACUCUGGAUUCUCCAAUGCAACACCCACGUCCCAGCUGCACAAACUGUCACUGAUGAGAGACUGGGAAGGAAAAAAAAAAAAGCAUAUAUAUAUAGAGAUAUAGAGAUAUACAUAUAUAAACAGGCCACACCGCGUCCCUGCCCCGCUGCGGGGCAGCCGCCACAGUUGCCAGCAGCAAGCGGCCGACAUCCGAACACCCACGUUUCCUUUGCAGACAAAUUGACGAAUUGGCAGGA